AUGUUCUUGCUCUGGCGUGCAGCUCGGCCCCUGCCGACAGCAGCAGCGCAAGGCUUGUGGGCUGGCAUCCGCACCCGCGCCAGCCAUGUCAUACCCGAGCAUCCUAAUCUAUGUGAGGCUCUGCAGCCAUAUUUCUCCCACCCCAUCGACGUCCUACAGCGUCCAUCGGUGAUUGAUGUGGGCUCAGAGGGUCGCCAUGAGGCAAGCCAUCUUCAGAUUCAAUACCGCGCGCUGCAAAUUGCCCGACAACUCACCAGCGAGGCCACCUCGGUUCAGAACAGCAGCGUGGGCUUUUUGUUGGCGCCCAACUCCAAUUGGCUGGCAACCCUCAUUGGCAUCUGGCUCGCCGGCAAAGUGGCUGUGCCCAUGUGCAGCAAGCACUCGGCCAAUGAAUUGGCCUAUGUCCUUGAGGAUGCCCACGUCGACACUGUCAUUCACGAUGCCACCAGCCAAGAGCACCUCCAAGCCGCCCUACAGUCACACCCCGUUGAACACGUCCUGGAUGCACAACAUCUCAUGUCGUUUAUUCAAAACGAGCCCCAGUCUGACGCGCUGCAUGCCGCCGUCCAACGUGAGCUAGACAGCGUGCCAGAAGUCUCACAGGGCGAUGGCGCCCUGGUCAUUUACACCUCGGGCACCACAUCCCUGCCCAAAGGCGUACUGCACACGCACUUCAGUCUUGCCAACUUGGUUGGCAACUUGGUUUCCGCCUGGGAAUGGACCAGCCACGAUCGCAUCAUGAAUUUCCUACCCCUUCAUCACGUGCAUGGCAUCAUCAACGUUGUCGCCUGUGCUGCCCUCUCGGGAGCCACCCUCGAGAUGUAUCCAGGAUUCUCUGCCCCAAACGUUUUUGACCGACUCCGCACCAAUGUGUCCAAGACCCCCGAUCGGACGACAGACAUGACGCUGCUGAUGGCCGUGCCCACAAUCUACAGCAAGCUGCUGCAGGAAUACGAACGCCGCCCCGAGUCAGAACAGGCUGAGUUUCGAGCUGGGUGCCGCGAUCUGCGCCUGACCGUCAGUGGCUCAGCAGCUCUGCCCACUCCUGUCCUGGAACGCUUUCGCAAAGUGUCGGGUCAUACCCUGCUUGAACGCUACGGCAUGACUGAGAUUGGCAUGGCGCUCGGAAAUCCCCUUCACGGCGAGCGCAUUCCCGGCGCCGUCGGUCAGCCCUUUCAAAACGUCGUGGUCAAGGUGCGGCUGCCGCAUACGCACGAGCGUUCUUUAGCCUUGUUUUCAAAAGCAUCUGUUCCGCCCACGCAACAUCCUCACAGUCUGAGCCGACCUCUUAAUCUGCUCUUGAACGCGGCUGGGCCGCUGGCUGGGGACAGCGGAGACGCAUUUUAUGACCGCUCAGCUUGCGAAGAGGAGCCCGAACCGGCACCAUCGAUUGCGGCCGAGGGCGAAAUUUGCAUCAAAUCACACACCAUGUUUAAGGAGUACCUGAACAAGCCGGAUGCCACCGAUGAAUCUUUCGACACUGAAGGCUUUUUCCGUACGGGGGACAUUGGCCGUUAUGACCCACAAAAGCAGACCUACAGCAUUUUGGGCCGGGCUUCACAGGACAUUAUCAAGACUGGUGGAUUCAAGCUGUCCGCGCUAGAAAUUGAGCGCAUUCUUCUGGCGCACCAAGCCAUCAGCGACGGUGCCAUUGUCGGCGUUGACGAUGAAACCUGGGGUCAACGCGUCGUAGCCGUGGUUGUAUUCAAGGAGGGCGCGGAUCCCCUGACCCUAGAAGCAUUGCGUGACUUCAUGGGCACUGAGCUCGCUUCUUACAAACUACCUACUGCUCUCGAGGUUCUGCCUGAGCUCCCUCGCAAUGCGAUGGGCAAAGUCAACAAGAAGCAGCUUGCCCAGACGCUGCAGCAGGGCGCCACAGCAGCUUGA